ACAGGAGUAUUGUAACUUGAAUUGAAGUGAAAGGGCUCCAAAACAACUCGGACUUAAGAUACACAGAGCCAUUUUCUUUUUGGAAAAAAAUCUUUGCGAGUUGCAAGGUAUUCAAAACUAAAUACAGCUCAAAAAGUUAACUAUAUCGGUUAAAAGCGCAGUGUGUAACUUUGCAGGUCUGCCUUUCUAGUGAGUACUCAAUUCAUACAGAGAUAGCCGAUUUAAAGGUAGCUAGCUGUCUUACUCCCGAUCUUUCAGCUGACGACUCUUAUACGGAAUACACCAACUCGACGCAGAUAUUUUUCCAAAAUGACCAGCUGCUGUCCUGUGCCAAGUGUCAAAGAUAUGGUUGCAGAGGCUCGGCAGGUGUUCCGGGAAAGCUUCGGGGGACAGGAUCCUGAAGUGGCGGUGUGCGCCCCGGGGCGAGUCAAUUUGAUUGGAGAGCACACCGAUUACAAUGAAGGAUUCGUUCUACCAAUGGCAUUGCCCCUUGUGACAGUUAUGGUGGGUAGUCGGACCCAAGACCAAAAUGUUUCUGUUGUAACUGCAAAUGAGGCUGUGGAGGAGCCUAGGAGAGUGGACUUUGAAUUGCCUAAAGACAACCAGCCCCUGUCUCCUGGGCAACCAAACUGGGCAAAUUACGUGAAAGGAGUUGUGCAACACUACAGGGCACAACCCCUUCCUGGAUUCAGAGCUGUAGUGGCCAGCAGUGUACCACUAGGAGGAGGACUGUCCAGUUCAGCCUCUUUGGAAGUUGCAGUGUACACAUUCCUGCAGCAGCUGUGUCCAGAUGAUGGGGACAAGGUUGCAAAAGCUGUGGCAUGUCAGAAGGCCGAGCAUACCCAUGCUGGAGUGCCCUGUGGCAUCAUGGAUCAGUUUGUGUCUGUUUUGGGCAAGGAGGGCCAUGCUCUCUUGAUUGAUUGCAGGUCUUUAGAGGCCACAUUAGUGCCACUGGCUGACCCCAGCCUGGUCAUCCUCAUUACCAACUCCAAUGUAAGGCACUCUCUGACUGGCAGCGAGUACCCAAGUCGCCGGAGGCAAUGCGAAGAGGCAGCAGCAAUUUUGGGCAAGAACAGCUUGAGGGAGGCCACCCUGCAGGAUCUAGAGGAUGCCAAGGGGCGCCUAGAUAGUGUGACUUUCCGACGAGCGCGUCAUGUGAUUGAAGAGAUUGGGCGCACUACGCAAGCAGCAGAGGCACUGAAACGAGGGGCGUACCGAGAGUUUGGCAGACUAAUGGUGGAGAGCCACAACUCACUCAGGGACCAUUAUGAAGUGAGUUGCAAGGAGCUAGAUGAGCUAGCCUCUGCAGCCAUGGGCGUGGAGGGUGUUUACGGCAGUCGCAUGACCGGUGGAGGUUUUGGUGGAUGUACUGUCACCCUGCUGGAGGCUGAAGCUGUAGACAGGGCCGUCAAGCACAUCAAGGAACAUUACAGCGGGUCCCCCACCUUCUACAUCACUAAACCAUCAGAGGGAGCACGAGUCCUCAGCCUUUGAGUCAGGAUUGCCGACUUGCACACGUGCACAGAUUCAUACAAUACAUACUUUUACGAAAAGUUACAACUGUUAAUCAUGAACCAUUGCUGAGAAAGCUUCCAACAGGGGUGCUUAUUGUGAUUAAUAUAACAUUCAAAUCAAGAUCAAGUGAAUGUACUUUAUAGCACUGUUUAUUAAUCAACAGGAAGAUUGCAGAACAUUACCCCUUGAUAUAAAAUAGUGACUGUUCAUUGUCUUUUUUUUCUUGCUUAACUUUUUUUUCCAAUAUGACAGAACUGUCACUUGGGAAAG